CGGGGGGUGGCACGGCCGAGCCAGGCGGUGAUGCUGCCGGGGAGGGUCCCCGGGCUCCGCACCCCCGGUCCCGCAGCCUCCUCUUCCUCUCCUCUCCGCCUGCAUCCUUGCUUCCUGGCGUCCUUGCGCUCCCGUUUCCUGGAAUCCCUGCUUUCCAGUCUCCCUGCCUUCCUGCUUCCCUGCAUCCUUGCUUCCCGGCAUCCCUGUGCUCCUGCGUCCUCCCAUCCUCCCAUUCCUGCAUCACUCCCUCCAUCCCUCCCUGCAUCACUCCAUCCAUCCUCCCAUCCAUACCAUCCUCCAUCCGCCCUGCAUCCCUUCUUCCAUCUUCCCACCCCUCCAUCCCUGCAUCCCUCCCUCCCUCCCCACACCCUCCUCAGCACCACCAAGGAGCUGAUCCUGAACCCCCUCCCCGGCCUUGGGUGGGGAGCAGCAGGGGUUGGCAGCACAGGCCCAGAGUUGGGGCGGGGAGAGAAGGAGAGGUGGGGGCGUUGCAGCUGGGCUCUUCGGCAGCACCCAAGGGUGCAGAGGCUGAGAGACCCCCACCCAGCACCCCCCCCAUCCCAACACCCCCCCUCCCCGGGGAUGAGGCAACAGCGAGGGGGACUCGGCUCCGCCAGGCAGCGCCGCCGCAGCUGAGGCAGGAGCUCACAGCCCACCAUGCCCUCCUCCAAGAGCAGCAGUGAGUACUGGAUCGAUGGAUCCCGCCGGGAUGCAGCCCUGGAAGAUUUCUACGCCGUGGGCCCCGAGCUGGGACGAGGAGCAACCUCGGUGGUGUACAGCUGUGAGGAGAAGGGCACAGGCAGCCCCUAUGCCGCCAAGAUCCUGAAGAAGACGAUUGACAAAAAGAUUGUGAGGACAGAGAUUGGGGUCCUGCUGCGGCUCUCACACCCCAACAUCAUCAAACUGAAGGAGAUCUUUGAGACACCCUCUGAGAUCGCCCUGGUCCUGGAGCUGGUGACCGGAGGAGAGCUCUUCGACAGGAUCGUGGAGAGAGGUUUCUACAGUGAGAGGGACGCAGCCCACGUCGUCAAGCAGAUCCUGGAAGCUGUUUCGUAUCUGCAUGAAAAUGGAGUUGUCCAUCGCGACCUGAAGCCGGAGAACCUGCUCUAUGCUGACCUGUCCCCCGAUGCCCCCCUCAAAAUCGGCGAUUUUGGGCUCUCCAAGAUCGUGGAUGAGCAGGACACCAUGAAGACUGUCUGUGGGACGCCAGGGUACUGCGCCCCUGAGAUCCUCCAGGGGUGCCCAUACGGCCCCGAAGUGGACAUGUGGUCCGUGGGGGUCAUCACCUACAUCCUGCUCUGUGGCUUCGAGCCCUUCUUCGACCCGCGUGGGGAUCAGUACAUGUACAGCCGCAUCCUCACCUGCGACUAUGAGUUUGUGUCUCCGUGGUGGGAUGAGGUUUCCCUCAAUGCCAAGGACUUGGUCAGGAAAUUGAUUGUCCUGGACCCCCAGAAGAGGCUGACUGUCCACCAGGCUCUGGAGCAUCCCUGGGUCACCGGGAAAGCUGCCAAGUUCGCUCACAUGGACAGCACCCAGAAGAAACUGCAGGAAUUUAAUGCCAGGAGGAAACUGAAGGCUGCCAUGAAAGCUGUGGUGGCCUCCAGCCGCCUGGGCAACCAUGGCCACCACGACUGCUCCCGCAGCGGCCGCAGCCACGGAGAGGGUCCCCCAGGCUCCUGCCUGCCCCAGGGCACAGGGACUGCUGGCACUGAGACCACCACCACCACCACCACCACUGAAGAGCUCAACGCUUUCCAGAGUGAGCCCACAGCCUCCAAGGUGCCCAUGAACGGUGCUGGCUGCAAGAGCUAACGUGCCUGGUGCCACCAAGAGCUCGCCACAGCUUGGACAAGCAAUGUCCCACCGCCCCUGGGACACUGGCACUGGGAGAGCUGGGGGUAACUGGGGGGAGGGGUGUGCCAGCAGCACCCCAGGUGUAGGUGUGCAUCAAGAGCCUGUGGUCUGUCACGUGGAGCAUCCCUCUGUAGUGUCCUGUUGCUGGUGGCUGUGUGUCUGCAAGGACAAGGUGACUCUCUCUGCUGGCAAGGAACAGUUUUGGCCACUGUGGCUUGAAAAGGAUCCUGGGUGGCUUCAGAACGAGGAGCAAACUGCAGGGAAAAGAAAGGAAUACUUUUCCCCCUCCUUCCCUAUAAAUGCAGUGAGUUUGGCCACUUCCUGUAAAUAGCUGUUGGCUGCUGAGGGGAGAGGCUGCAGCCAGAUUGUCACUGCUGUCACCAGACCCAGCUGCACUUUGCUGCUGGGUCAGAAGAGGUCUGCAGGAGCCUUGAGGAUCCUGUUUGGAGAGUCCACGUCUGGCAGCUGAGCCCUUUGGCCUCUCCAGAGGGAGGCAACCUCCGCUCUGUGCUUCGGUUCCGGUCGCUCCCACAGCUUGGCCUUGCUGCAGCUGGUGCCAUGCUGGUGGCACUGCCAGGAGCUGGCAGCACCAGCUUCACCCUCACCAGUCCACUCAGGAUCGACACAAGGAGCUUGAACAAAGACCAGCAGGAGGGGACUCUUGCCUCCAGCAGCCUGUGGCACUGGAGCCUGGCAGCGCUUCCCCAGCGAGGAUGAGGAGCUGAGGGGCACUGUGGGUUUUUAAGACUCUUUGGACAAACUUCUUGCAAACAAGGGUUGUGUUUGGGGGUG